AUGAUCGGUUCCCGGGCCUGCUUGGCCUUCACGCUCCUUUGCCUAGUUUACUUUGUGGCGCACUUUGAGAAAUAUUCACUUCUUCCCUCAGUAAAGGUGAAUUGGGCCGAAGGCACGCGAUUGCCUGCGAUUACCUGGGGUGAUGAAUCGAGAGCGAAUGAUUUCCCCAAUGAUAAACCCCCAGGCUCCUUCAACAAGCAGCCAUUCCAUUCGGAUUCCGCUAUAGGACCUGACACCGAUGGAAGUCAUCUGGAUUUGUCUGAAUUGGAAGGCAAUGACAGUGACCAGAAUUGGGAUGGCAAGGAGGAUGCCGAUGAUGCCGACGAUGCCGACGAUGAAAUGUAUACCAGCGUUUCAUUAUCCUUGCACGGGUGGCUGAUGAAGAGGGGUUUGAUGCCAGGCAAAUCGAUACCAAUUGUGACGAUUGCAGACUCAUCAUAUCUUCACGUCUUACAUGCGAUGCAGCAGCGCCUCGGAAAAUGGGGUUAUGAUCGCGACCUCGUUGUGUUGUGCUUGGACCAAGCCUGCGCCGAGGAUACUGAACUCUUGAACCCCUACCCUGGAUAUUUGCUGGAAAAUGACGCUGCAAUGCAUGCCGUGGCGUUUUUCAAGUUCAUGACCAACCUCAAUCUCUCUGAGAACGGAUACGACUUUGUUUUCCUUGAUGCCGACGUCUUCUUUACUGGCUCACGCGAUCCAUUCAGUGCCAUGCUUCCUCUAUCAGAUACGUCAUGGGAUCUCCAAUUCCAACCCGACAACGCCCCAGACGAGCUCAACAUUGGCUGGUAUUUCGCACGAUCAUCACCUGCCACGCAGAUGUUUUUCCGGCAAAGCUUUGCGCAUUGGAUACAAACUAGGACGGAGAAGUGGGAUCAACUCGUCAUGAACAACGUCAAAGACGAUAUCCUCCAGAAGCAAGCCGCCCAAGCCGCAGAGACAGCCGGGGGUUCGAAUCAGACUAGCAAACCAAGUACGCCACCGCUGCGUAUACACAUGCUUGAAUUGAAAUAUUUCAGGAACUUCAUGAAAGAACUGUUGUGGAGCACAGAGCUUUUCGGCAACCAGACGGCCACCGAUGACUAUAUCUCGACCGCAGCCGCGAUCCACUAUACAUGCGUGCAACACGACCUCAAGGAAUACUUUGGGCUGUACUACAAUGGUUUUGGCGAUCUCCAUGGGUACUACAGUGACCCGCCGCCACUAUUGCGACUCGUCGGAAUCAGCGGCACUUCGGAUAUCGUGUAUAAGCAGGUGGCGUUUGCCCUGGCUUUGGGCAAGGCAACUAAUCGCACCGUCGUCUGGCCGGACUCAGUCGCUGUAUUCCAGCGAUGGCCCGAUGGGACUCAUCAUUUGCUGGCGCGCAUGCCAAGCGUCAAGGCUGUCAGCUUUCCAUCGGCCAAGAGCGCUGGAUACGCUGUCGUGGAGGGACAGUACCUGCAUAAUCGUGUACGCAACGGAUUGGAUUCACUGACAGAAGUCCACUGGAGUCUGAGGCAAUAUGUCGAAGAGGCGACUAUUGAGACUCAAAGUGGCUGGUUAGAUUCUUUGGUAGGGAGCUUGAGCACUGAUGACGGUUUCCCCGUGGUCACCUUGGAUUUCAACGAUGUUGGCGUAGAAUGGAGCCGUUUGAUGGAUCUCAGCGUGGCCAGCAGCCCAGAAUUUGAUGUCUUGGUACGUGAGGCCGAGGCAAAGUUCUACGCAGCAUUCAAAGAGUCGGGCAUGGAAGCAUUUUCGAUUUCGCCAUUGGCAGAGCUGGGUCGGUGCCGCUGGGUUGAUGGCGGUGAUGGAUGCUUGCUCAACUGUUGA